AUGAUAUGGUCACUUCAAGGUUUGACAGCACUGGUAACUAGCAGCACACGUGGAAUUGGAUGUGCCAUAGUGGAGGAAUUGGUAGGACUUGAAGCAAGUGUGCACACUUGUUCACGUAAUGAAAAUGAGCUUGACAAGUGCUUAGUAGAUUGGAAAAGUUUGGGUUUUGAGGUUUUUGGUUCUAUCUGCGAUGUGUCUGUUGGAGUAGAAAGAAAGAAGUUAACGGAAAAUGUUUCAUCUUUGUUUGAUAGCAAGCUCAACAUCUUUAUAAACAAUGUCGGAGUAUAUUUAUGGAAGCCAACUGUGGAGUUCACCGCUGAAGAGUUCUCAACUCUAACGAAUACGAAUUUCGAAUCUGCAUCUUAUCUGUGCCAAUUUUCACAUCCCCUUGAUCUCAAAGCUCCGGGAGCAGGAAGCGUUGUUUUCAUAUCUUCAAUGGCUGCUGUUAUAUCAAUAAAUCUAGGUGGAUCCUUCUAUAGUGCAGCCAAAGGAGCAUUGAACCAACUUACAAAGACUUUAGCUUGUGAGUGGCCAAAAGACAAUAUAAGGACUAAUUGUGUUGCGCCAGCGUUCAUUAGAACCCCUCUUACCAAAGCUAAGAAAAAAUGUCUGAAAUCUGUAAUCUCAAGAACUCCUUUGGGACGGAUUGGAGAGCCUAAAGAAGUGUCUUCCUUGGUGGCAUUCCUAUGCCUAUCGGUAGCCUGUUACAUAGCAGGACGGAUUAUUUGUGUUGAUGGAGGGGUGACGUGAAUGGCUUCUCCUUCCCAUAUGCAUGAAAAAGCAUUGCAAGGCUGAUCAUCUACUUGCUGAAUUAUUGUACGAAACUGGCAAAACAAAGUGGUGGGGCAUGUGAUUACAACUAAGAAAUUGAAAGCGCCUUUGAAUUUCUUU